CGGCGCUCGGAGCGCGGGCCUGGGACUCAGGAGCCCGCCGCCAGGGCCGCAGCAUGGGGCGCUUCCGCGGGGGCCUGCGGUGCAUCAAGUACCUGCUGCUCGGCUUCAACCUGCUCUUCUGGCUGGCUGGCUCAGCAGUCAUAGCUUUUGGACUAUGGUUUCGGUUCGGAGGCACCAUAAAGGAUUUAUCAUCAGAGGACAAGUCCCCGGAGUAUUUCUAUGUGGGGCUCUACAUUCUGGUUGGAGCCGGGGCCCUGAUGAUGGCCGUGGGGUUCUUCGGGUGCUGCGGAGCCAUGCGGGAGUCGCAAUGUGUGCUGGGAUCAUUUUUCACCUGCCUACUGGUGAUAUUUGCUGCUGAAGUAACCACUGGAGUAUUUGCUUUUAUAGGCAAGGGUGUAGCUAUACGACAUGUCCAGACCAUGUACGAAGAGGCUUAUAAUGAUUAUCUGAAAGACAAAGAGAAGGGAAAUGGAACUCUCAUUACCUUCCACUCGACAUUUCAGUGCUGUGGAAAAGAAAGCUCCAAACAGGUCCAACCCACAUGCCCAAAGGAGCUUCUAGGACACAAGAAUUGCAUUGAUGAAAUUGACGCCAUAAUCAGUGUUAAGCUCCAGCUCAUUGGAAUUGUUGGUAUUGGAAUUGCCGGCCUCACGAUCUUUGGCAUGAUAUUCAGCAUGGUGCUCUGCUGUGCGAUACGAAACUCGCGGGAUGUGAUAUGAAGCUGUAUACUUCUCCAUGAAAAUCGCAGUCUAGGGCUUUCAUACCAAAUGUCACAGGAGCUGUCCCUCAGCUCAUUUUUGAUAUUCAAAUGACAUUAGGAUCUAAAAUAAUUUGCUGUCAAUUGUACAUUUGCACAUGUAUGUAUGUUUGACUCAUUACUGGUUUGCCCCUGGAGUGACUGCCUGUGUAUGUUGACUGAGAGCAUAUUGAUGUGUGAUCUGUGUUUCUGGUAUAUGCAUUGUACAUAAUGAAAUCUGUUAGCUGGGAAUUCCUGAUUCUUGUUAUGUAAGAAGAACAACCCAUUUAACUCCCAGAAAAAGAUCAAGAAAUUUUGAGAAACUUUUAAAACUUAGCUAUUCAUAAAAAGUGAUAAUGGGUCAGUUUCUCAGACUCUAGUCAUUGAAAAUUAGAUACAGGGAAUUCAGGGAUUUCUGGUUAAUGGAAGCAAUAAGCUGCAGGAAUGGAGAGAUCACAGUGGAAUGUUAAAAUUGACUGCGUCUGAGUUGGGUGUAAGGGUUUCCUGGGAUUUUUUUAUAUACAUGAUCUCCCCCGAAUACAGUAAACCACAGUUUUAGAACUAAACACAUCUGUAAAACUAAAUAUAGCAUGGAAAAUCUAAUUUGAAUAAGUCAUGUUUUCCUAGUAUUUAAAAACAAAACAAAACAAAACCUUCCUCUGGAAAGAGAAGUCACACAGACAAUCAUGUGCCCUAUAAAAGUGAGGGUUUAUAGGACAAAAAAACUUUUAACAACUUUUUAAGGAAAUAUUCUUUCUUAUACAAAGACAUGUAAAUAUUGCUUUAUUACUUCCUUUUCUGACUCUGAACUACUGCAACCCUCCCAUGCCCAAAACAGCUUUUAUCUCAGACUCUUCUGUGUUCCUCCCAAUGUAAGGACAGAAAGACUGAAGCAAGAGAUCUGGCGGUUUCAAAUUGUGAGAAAGAGAAUUUUUACUGGCAUUGUAUCUUUGAAAUACCUCAUAAUUUGAGUUUACAUAUUUUCCUAAUUUUCUGUAUUUUCUUAUUUAUUCACCUAGAGAAUUCUUCAGAGAUUAAGUACUACAGUUUUUACCACUUAACAUAAGUAAAACAAAGUCCUUCAUAAUUCAGUAUUAUCUUAUGAGCAUCCUUGGCCAAACCAAAAUAAACAAAGAAAAGCAUCUUCUCCCAGUUGUGUGCACACAACAGAGACAAGUUCAGGAAAGAGAUGUAUUUAUAUAUAUAUAUACACAACACAAAAAAAUAAGUUCUUUCUGUGCAAGUCCACUAUGAAAAUAAAAUUUUCAGGGCUUU